AGGGCUAUGUUAAUGUUGUUGAUAUCUUGGGGCCACCCGAGUUAAAAGAGGUAGGGGUAAAGUCUUGGGGGUCACUGGAGCCGCCACGACGAGUCUGGGCUGAGGCGGGAACCCUCCUGCAACUGCUGCCCCGGGGAGAGGCGCCGGCCCCCGCCGCGGGGAGGGGGCUCGGCGGACCUGGGGAGCACAGCCCGCCUCUAGCCCAUGAGGCCCUGAUGGAAAACACAAAGGAUCUGGUAGGGGACUGACUGGACCAAAAAACUGCCGUCCAUAGAAGCCAAUCCUCCUUAGAAGAAACUAACUAAUCUGCUUUCUAAUGUGGCUCUGCCCAGGUUCUUCAGAGUAAGAACUGAGCAUUCUACACAUUCCGAAAGGAAGCGGCGAGAUUCAUUCGGGAUGUUUGACGGUUAUGAUAGCUGCAGUGAGGACACCAGUAGCAGCUCCAGCUCUGAUGAAAGUGAAGAAGAAGUUGCUCCCUUACCCUCUAGUCUCCCGAUUAUUAAGAAUAAUGGACAAGUCUACACAUACCCAGAUGGUAAAUCUGGCAUGGCCACAUGUGAGAUGUGCGGAAUGGUUGGAGUACGAGAUGCUUUUUAUUCUAAAACAAAGCGUUUCUGCAGUGUUUCAUGUUCAAGAAGUUACUCCUCAAACUCCAAGAAGGCAAGCAUUUUGGCAAGACUUCAGGUAACGGGUAAACCUCCCACUAAGAAAGCAAAAGUUCUUCAGAAGCAGCCUUUGGUGGCGAAGCUAGCAGCUUAUGCCCAGUACCAAGCCACCCUACAGAGCCAGGCCAAGACGAAGUCAGCAGUCUCCUUGGAAGGCUUCAGCUGGGGUAAUUACAUCAACAGCAAUAGCUUUAUAGCUGCUCCAGUGACCUGUUUUAAGCAUGCACCCAUGGGGACCUGCUGGGGUGAUAUCUCAGAAAAUGUGAGGGUGGAAGUUCCCAAUACAGACUGCAGCCUACCUACCAAAGUCUUCUGGAUAGCUGGAAUUGUGAAAUUAGCAGGUUAUAAUGCCCUUUUAAGAUAUGAAGGGUUUGAAAGUGACUCCAGCCUGGACUUUUGGUGCAACAUAUGUGGGUCUGAUAUCCAUCCAGUUGGUUGGUGUGCAGCCAGUGGGAAACCUCUUGUUCCUCCUCGGACCAUUCAACACAAGUACACAAACUGGAAAGCUUUUCUAGUCAAACGACUUACUGGUGCCAAAACACUUCCUCCUGACUUCUCUCAAAAGGUGUCAGAAAGUAUGCAGUAUCCUUUCAAGCCUUCCAUGAGGGUAGAAGUGGUUGAUAAGACACAUCUAUGUCGAACACGGGUCGCAAUUGUCGAAAGUGUAAUUGGAGGAAGAUUAAGAUUAGUGUAUGAAGAAAGUGAAGACAAAACAGAUGACUUCUGGUGCCACAUGUAUAGUCCACUGAUUCAUCAUAUUGGUUGGUCUCGAAGUAUAGGUCAUAGAUUCAAAAGAUCUGAUAUUACUAAGAAACAGGAUGGACAUUUUGAUACACCACCACAUUUAUUUGCUAAGGUAAAAGAAGUAGACCAGAGUGGGGAAUGGUACAAGGAAGGAAUGAAAUUGGAAGCUAUAGAUCCUCUAAAUCUAUCUGCAAUAUGUGUUGCAACCAUUAGAAAGGUGCUAGCAGAUGGAUUCCUUAUGAUUGGGAUUGAUGGAUCAGAAGCAGCAGAUGGAUCUGACUGGUUUUGUUACCAUGCAACCUCCCCUUCUAUUUUCCCUGUUGGUUUCUGUGAAAUUAACAUGAUUGAAUUAACUCCACCCAGAGGUUAUACAAAACUUCCUUUCAAAUGGUUUGACUACCUCAGGGAAACUGGCUCCAUAGCAGCACCAGUAAAGUUGUUUAAUAAGGAUGUUCCAAAUCAUGGCUUUCGUGUAGGAAUGAAAUUAGAAGCUGUAGACCUCAUGGAACCUCGCUUAGUGUGUGUAGCCACAGUAACUCGAAUUAUUCAUCGUCUAUUGAGGAUCCAUUUUGAUGGCUGGGAAGAAGAGUAUGAUCAGUGGGUAGACUGUGAGUCCCCUGACCUCUAUCCUGUUGGAUGGUGCCAAUUAACUGGAUAUCAGCUACAGCCUCCAGCGCCACAGACAUCAAGAGAGAGCCAGUCAGGUUCAUCAAAGCAGAAGAAAAAGGCUAAGUCACAGCAAUACAAAGGACACAAGAAAAAAAGGAAGAUGCCAGUUGGGAAGAAGCCUGUCAGUUUGUCGAGCCUGCCCAUGACAGGUGGGGUGCGGAGGAGCCUCUCUGGUGACGAAGAGUUGACUCCUCCUCCAUAUCGAACCCUUCCAGCACAGACAGCCCCGGAGGCCUUCCCACCUCCCAGCACUAGCCGAGAGUUCAGUCCCAGCCUCAAAACAGUGACUCCAUUGCAGCUGAAGGAAGAGUUGCUAGAUGGAGAGGAAUACAGCUUCCUCCAAGGAGCUUCUGAUCAGGAAAGCAAUGGCUCUGCCAGCUACUACAUCAAACAAGAACCCUGAGGUGACAGCUCAGAAACCAGGGGAAGGGAGAGCUCUCAGCAGGACGGAUUUAUUACCAACCCAACUGGACAGGGGGACAAUUCUACUGGGUCACUUUGCUAACCAUAGAAGAGAUUUAAGUUCUGGAUUUUUUGAGGUGGGUGGGGAAACUAUUUUAGUCAGGGGAAAAUUUUUCAAUUUAUAAAGAUGGACAUUUUUGUGUUGUAUUUGAAGCUUUUGAAAGAAUUUUGUAAUAUUUUCCAAGUUUGGAUUUAUUGUGCAUUGUUAACAAGAACUGAAAUUCUAACUUUUUUGGUAAGAUUAAAAGUUUAAGUAACAGGAUUGCAGGAAACGAUUUAAGAAGGAUAUAGUUGCAAAUACAAAUGAACUGUCAUUACAAAUGAACCUUUUUUUUGGUACAAGUUGAGAGAUUUUGGAAUCUUCGAAACUAUGCCAGUCACAUCUCCAACUUCCUCUGCUGCAGAAAUAUGCAACCGAUGCCCUCGUGGAAGGAGCAUCACCACAUAGAUCACGAUGGAAGGUGGGACAAAUUUUGAGUUGUUGGCAUUUUAUUGCAGACCAUUUUAAAUGUUUGUACAGAAAUGUUUUCAUUCUGGAAAAUGCUCAAGAAAAUUUGUUGGAGUUCUAUAUGAAACUGGAAGAACUCUAAAUACUUUUUACAAGUUAUCUUUUUAAUUAGAAAUGGUCAAAAUUAUUUUAACACUUAUGUGUUAAUUAAACUGGAAUGGUUAACAUGAGCUUAUGCAUAGCAUCUUUGUCUUGGCAAAGUGGGGUUGGGGAAAAUGCAAGAUUGUCCUAAGUUUUUCUUUUUUCUAAAACACCCCUACAAAAGAGAUAAGAGGUUCUCUUCUUUCCUCUCUGACAUCUCUUCCUUUCUCAUUCUGUGAGAUGACAUUUAGCAUAAGCACACCCCAAAGCCAGAUGUUCUGUAUUAGCCAGAAAGUGGAAAUGGAGCAUCUUCUAAAGCCAGAAUAAGUCUAAAUUUCACAGUCAUUCCAGUUAUGCUUUAAUUGUUAAAAAGUCAUUGAAAAUUUGAAAAGGAAUGUGUUCAUUCUCUUAAAAAUUCCCAUGUACUGUAAAAACUGUAUAUCACUACAGCCAAAACAAGUUCUUAACAGAAGUAACAACUGAUUUGGACCAUGUAAACAUUCCUUGUUUUAAAGUGUAUGUGGCUUCUUUUAAAAGGGUGGUGGGAGGGGGUACGUGUGCUCUCUGCAUUUUUAAGCUUUCUACUGAGUUGUGACUGAAAAAAAAUAGAGAGUUUUAGCUUUUACCAGUAAGGUUCAUUAACUAAAUUCUCAGGAAUUAACUGCGUGUGUUCUCUAAGUGCUUCUGGGCCUUAGCCUGUCCCCUUCAGAGUGCUAUAUUGACCAUCUCCUCUGGAGUAUAGGUAGGUAGUAGGUAGGGCUAAUUAGAAAAUAAUCAACGUGAUUAACCUCUACAGUCCUUCAGCCUAUGGAAUGCUUUAAAAACUGUUAACAGAAAGCCCCAGGAGACCAUUUUAGUUAAGUUUUUGUUUGACUUUUAAAAGUGCAUAGAAAGUUGAAAACCAGCAAUUUAUUUUCUAAAAUAUUGCUCUAAUUUUGGGUACAUAACAUUGGUAAUACGCACAGGUUUACCUCAUUCUAUGCAAGAGGGGUUAAUAACAUGUGGUUUUGUAAUUGCUACUGGAAGUAAAAUUUGUUAUUUAUCUCGUAGGAAUAUAUGGAACCCCAGUGUCAACAUUCUUAAUACUGACCUUUUGGGGCAUGUAGAUCAUAUCAACAACACUAGUUGAUUCUCAUGUGUCAAAUGUAUGUGAAUUCAGCUGUUAAAUUACUGGUUACUUACUUAUCCAAACUAAGAUUGCUGAGGAGGAGGACCUAAUCCAAAUAUAGUAUUUUCAAUGCCUCCUAAAUCUUUAACUUUUCAGAAUCCUCUUAUUAACCGAAAACUGGGAAACUUCCAAAGGAAAGGUAGCAGUUGUCUUAAAUCAAUCCUCAGGCUCAGUGACAAAUUCAGGAUUCUGAGCCCAUUUAAUUUGGGCAUAAGAAGCCAAAGUUUUAUGGCUUACCCCACCUCCCCAUUGAAUACUUAGAUCUUGAGGUCAGUACAGCCUGGGGUUGGGGAGUCUACAGGGAAUUAAAAUGUAAAGCAGGAAGGUCAGAUCUGAGGCCAGCCUGUCCUAGAGGUAGUUCUAAAUGCUCACUUGUAGCCCAGACACUGUCAGCUUCCAGUUAUAAAACUAAACCAGGCACACUAAGUGGUUAGAAUCUCCCGUCCAAAUGGCAUGUUUUUGUUAUCAUGAUAGUGCAGGUACAGCUUUUAUUGUUUCAAAACUGUGACCAAAUGUUGGAGGGGACAGGAACUUUGUGAGGUCAUAAGAGGAGUCCCCCUACUGCAGAUGAUCAGAAAAUCAUCUCUUUAUGAGGCUUACAAAUUUUAUGUCUUAGCCAUAACUUAAAUAGUACAACUUUUAAUAGCCCCAUUUUCCUUUACAGUUCAAAAUGUACUGCUGACAUUGAGUUUUCUUUCCCUUUUCCCCAAGUUGGGAUUUUUGGUAGUUUAAACUCUUUAACCUUUUCCUUGCUGUGUAUGAGGAAAGCUAAAGCUGUUAUCAACUUCUUGUUCUACGGAUACUAACACGGGUUUCAGUGUUUGUUUGUUUUGUUUUAAUUAUUAUUAUUAUUAUUAUUAUUAUUACUAUGUGAUGUGAAUACCCUUUCCCAUCAAUAUUUGUAUUAUGGUGCUAUAUAUUUGGUGAUGAUCCUUUAAUAUUGGGAAGGGAUUUUUAAAUACUGUGAUUAAACUGGGUUUUUUUCCUUUAAUUUUCAUAUUUUAAAUAAAGCCACAGUCAUUUAUACAAAAAAAAAAAGCAUCUGUCCCUGGGUAGAUCUUUGGGGCAGAAGUCAAAGUAAACUACAUAGGGUUUUUACAUCAUUUCUGUAUGUAUUUGAUAUAUAGAUCAAUAUCUGUACAAAUUUAAUCUUUUAUUUUCUUGGUAAUUGUGUGAUCAGUGGGAAAGUGUUUAAAACUUUCUCAUGAAGUGUACAUAACUAAGUGAAAAAUGCUUUUGGAAAAAUUUAUGUUCCUUUCAUUUUUACCAAAUUGCAGAUUUUCAGCAUGGAUGUGAAAAGCAUUAAAAUUAUAACUUUGUGUACAAGAUGAAAAUAAUUCACUAAACUUGCCCUUUUUUACACAAAAUAAAAUG